AUGAACAGCCCGUCGAAGCGUCACAAGAAGAACGAUGGAACAGGCCAGCCGGUACGCAGCUUAGACUACUUCUUCGCAAAGCAAACCGCCAAAGCGGCAACAAAAGAUGCGACGGAUAUCACUAAGCAUGAGGGAGCGCAAAUAAAACAAGAUACAGCACUUCUCACGGACGAGGAGUUUGCGCGGAAACUCCAAGAAGAAUGGAACAAGGAAGAUCAGCAGCAUGCCGAGCGUGUAGGCUCGAACGAGCUUUAUGAAGAUCCGAAGUCUACUACAAUUGGCCCAUCCCUUGGCGACACCGAAGGAUUGCGGAUUCCUGAGCCUGUCGAACCAGAAAACCCCCCCAAUCCCGCACCCCCGAUCCAGAAGAACACGCUUUCACUACAAUCGACCGCUUCUGAAGAAGACGCCAUAACCGCAAACAUCCCCUUCGAUCAGAGCCCCCUCGAAUUCGACCCCUCGAAGUACAUACCAGAAUUGCAGAAACACUGGGUUACAGAUGGAGGACGUGCGACAUACGCCCUACUGACGCGAUGCUUUGUUUUGGUCAAUAGCACAACGAGUCGCAUAAAAAUCGUGGACACGCUGGUAAAUUUGCUGCGAACGCUUAUCGAAAGCGACCCGAGUAGUUUGCUCCCCGCCGUGUGGCUCGCCACAAAUGCGAUAUCGCCUCCGUACAUUGACCUCGAGCUGGGAUUGGGAGGCUCGGCAAUCUCGAAAGCGUUGAAAAAGGUGUGCGGCUUGGACAACGCAGGCUUGAAGGUGUUGAACAACAAGUAUGGAGACGCUGGGGACGUAGCAUUUGAAGCGAAGAAGAGGCAAUCUUUCACAUUGCGGAAGCCGAAGCCUUUAACGAUCAAGAGUGUCUUCGAGUCGUUGGUCAAGAUUGCCAACAGCAAAGGACAAGGGAGCGUAGAGAAUAAGCAGAGGAUAGUUGAAAGGCUCGUCCAAGACGCACGAGGCGCGGAAGAAAGUCGUUAUAUUGUGCGGACAUUGGUACAGCAUCUCCGGAUUGGCGCUGUCAAAACCACGAUGCUCAUCGCUUUGUCGCGUGCGUUCCUGUUAUCCAGACCGUUGAAUGCCGAUUUUGAGAUUCGCACACAGAAAGCUCUGGCAACGCUGAGAAAAGAAGAGCUGAUGGAGAUCUACAGCAGGAACGAAGAGAUGGUCAAGGCAUGCUUCGCCCGGAGACCGAACUACAAUGACCUCAUCCCUGUGCUUCUUGAAAUUGGUGUGUGCGACGAACUACUUCUUCGAUGUGGACUCGCUCUCCAUAUCCCACUACGACCCAUGUUGGGAAGUAUCACGCGCGAUAUGGGCGAGAUGUUUACAAAGCUGCAAGGUAGAGACUUUGCUUGCGAGUACAAGUACGACGGGCAGAGAGCCCAGGUACAUUGCGACGAGAAAGGCAAAGUCACAAUAUUCUCCCGACACUUGGAGGUGAUGACCGACAAAUACCCCGAUCUUGUAGCCCUGGUGCCGAAGAUACGAGGAGAGGGUGUGUCAAGCUUCAUCCUAGAAGGCGAAGUGGUCGCCGUUGAUCGUGAAAGCGGAGACCUCAAGACGUUUCAGACACUUGCCAACCGCGCUAGGAAGGAUGUCGUUAUUGGUGCUGUGACGAUCGACGUAUGUUUGUUUGCUUUCGACCUGAUGUAUCUCAACGGAGAGGAGCUCCUGGACCGACCGUUCAGGGACAGGAGGUCCUUACUCAAGAGUCUCUUUGUCGAGAUCCCACACCACUUCACGUGGGUCAAGUGCCUGGACGCUACCUCUGCAGACGUCGACACCGUGCAAUCCUUUUUCCAGAGCGCACUAGACAUCAAGUGUGAAGGUAUCAUGGUCAAAAUCCUCGACAACCUCCCGAAUCCCGAUCUCUGGGAUGACGCUGCGGAAAGCAUACCGAUCCUACCCACAACGCCCAAGAAAAAGAAGCCGGCCAAAUCAAAGACCAGACCAAAGACCAACAAUGUCGCAGAUAAGGACGAGCACAAGUCCACCGGCCGCCGCAAAGCCCUCCUCUCCACCUACGAACCCGACAAGCGCCUCGACUCUUGGCUCAAAGUAAAAAAGGACUACUCGUCAACCUCCGAAACGCUGGAUCUAAUUCCCAUCGGUGCAUUCCACGGUAGUGGUAGGAAGUCGGCUUGGUGGUCGCCCAUCCUGCUCGCUAUUCGAAACGCCGAAACAGGGCAGCUGGAAGCCGUCACAAAGUGUAUGAGCGGCUUCACUGACGCCUUCUACAAGGCGAACCGCGCAAAGUACGACCCCGACGAUCCAGACAAUUCAAACACGUUGGGCGAGAAACCAAGUUACGUCGAGUACAACGGAGGAUCAGGGUGGCCUGAAGUGUGGUUCGAGCCGCAGGAGGUGUGGGAGGUUGCGUUUGCGGAUCUGACGCUGAGCCCAACGUAUACAGCCGCCAUCGGCCUUGUGAGUGAGGAGAGGGGAUUGAGUACCAGGUUUCCGAGGUUCUUGAAAGUCAGGGAAGACAAGAGCAUCGACGAAGCGACGGAGGCUGCAGAGCUGGCAACGCUGUACCGGAAACAAGAGGCCAAGGUGGUGAAGAAAGAGGAGGUGAACGAGGACGACGUUGACUGA